CACUGACCGCAAGCCGGGCGAGCCCACAACGCCGGGACUGACCAAUGAGAAGACACGUUAGAGGGGCGCUGGCAUUUCCGCUUCGGGGAAAGGGGCGGAGCCUACGAGCCCUGUUGCCGAGCUGCUCUGUCUAGACCAUGGACCCUCAGGUGUCCCUGCUGCUGCAAUGCCCUCCGGGGGGACUGUCCCAGGAGCAAGUAUGGGUCGAGUUGAGCCCUGCCCACGACCGUCGUCCACUGCCAGGUGGAGACAAGGCCAUCACUGCCAUCUGGGAGACCCGGCGACAGGCCCAGCCCUGGCUCUUUGACGCCCCCAAGUUCCGCCUGCAGUCAGCCACCCUUGCGCCCAGUGGCUCAUCAGGGACACAGCUGCUCCUGUGCCUGGGCCUUACUUCCUACAGAGAUUUCCUGGGCACCAACUGGGCCAGCUCUGCUGCCUGGCUGCGACAGCAGGGGAUUGCCGACUGGGGUGACAAGCAAGCCUACCUUGCGGACCCGCUGGGAGUGGGUGCAGCACUAGCCACCAGUGAUAACUUCCUUGUCUUCCUGCGCCGCUCUCUGCGGGUUGCUGAGGCCCCCGGACUGGUGGAUGUGCCUGGUGGGCACCCUGAGCCGCAGACCCUGUGCCCUGGUGGCAGACCCCAGCACAAGGACCUCCCUGGGGAGCUGGUGGUACGUGAGCUCUUCUCCAGUAUCCUGCAGGAAAUCUGUGAUGAGGUGAACCUGCCACUGUCCACCCUGAGCCAGCCGCUGCUGUUGGGCAUUGCAUGCAAUGAGACCAGUGCCGGCCGUGCCAGUGCCGAGUUCUACGUUCAGUGCAGCUUGACUUCUGAGCAGGUGAAGGAGCACUACCUGCACGGGGGCCCUGAGGCCCACGAGUCUACAGGAAUUAUCUUUGUGGAGACACAGAACCUGCCCAUACUGCAGGAGACCGAGAUGUGGGCUGAGCUCUGCCCCUCCGCCAAAGGUGCCAUCCUCCUUUACAACCGUGUCUGGGGAAGUCCACCUGAGUCACCUUAAGGUCCCCAACCUAUCACCUCAGCUCUGAAAACAAUAAAGGACUUUAUUCUUGGA